AUGGUUAAAAAACGUAAAAGUGUAUUGAGAUCUUCAGCGCAGGUUGUAGAUUCACCAAUGAAAGAGCCAAGAAUUAUAAGUAAGUGUUCAAGUAAUUUACAUUAAAAAAAAAAAAAAAAUUAUAAUUAUUUAGUUUACAUAUUAAAUUAUAAUAACUGUAUUUUAGGAGGUAAUCAUUUAGAAAAAGCUCGUAAUAGUUUAAAUGAAGCUCUUGAUAUUAUUGCAAAGAAGGAACAGAAAAAAGCAGAAUUUUCAACAGACAGUGAUAUUAUUAAUUUGUGAGUAUUGAAAUAUUACUUUUAAAUUUUCUGAUUAAAAUGGUUGUAAUAUUUUUGAAGUUUACAAUUAUAUGUAUUAUUUUCAAAUAAAUAAACUUAUCAAGGGUCAAAUUGAAAUAUUAGAUAGCUUGUACAUAUUAUUUGAUUACUAUUCAGAACAUUAAGUAUUGAACCUUGAUUAUAAUUUAUAGUUUUUAUGAAAUUCAAACUUUGUUAAUUUAUAAUAGAUAUUAGCAUGUUUAUAAUAGAAAAAUUGAAAAUUGUUAAAGAAAAAUAAAGUUAUUUUAUGUAAUUUAAAGUUACUUUGUAAAACAAAAUCAAAUUCACAGAAAAAAGUUUUUUUGAAUAUUUUUAGAAUAUUUACAAAUAUUCUGUUAAUUGUUAGAAAAAAAAAACAUUUAAUUUUAAAUUAUUAUUAAUAUGACUCUGAAGUUAUAGAAAUUGCAUAUUUUUCUGAAUGCACUUGAUUUAUGAUAGACAAAGCUAGAAAUUCUUUCUAUACAAUGGACAGUUCAAAAAUCAAACGUUUAAAAUGCAUAUUUUGUUAAUUUUCAUUGAUGUUCACAUAUUUGUACGUAUUUAAUGCAUAUUUAAUAUUUGUUUUACAAGUUUUACAAACAUACUCAGAUGAAAUCAGCUGAUAUUUAACUUAAAUACUGAAAAUAUAUUGAAAUUUACUGAUAUUUUAUUUUUCCAUAUUAAAUAAUAUAGUUGGAAUAUAUAUAUAUAUAUAUAUAAUAAACUUUUUUGCUCAUAUGAAUAAUAGGCUAAUAUAUGCUAUAUAUAUUAAUGACAUAUGUUUUUGAUAAUAAAAUUUAAAAAAUGUGUUGAAUUAUUAUUAUUAUUAUAAAUUAAUAUUAAUUUUGAUAUACCUGAAAAAAUUAUUUUUCGUAUCAUAUCAUGAUUAUAUAUGUCGUAUCCACUUAGUGUAAUCGUAUUUUUCAUGAAAUGGAUGUUUAUUUCAUGAACCACGAUCAUAACGUGUAAGUCAAAUUUUAGUUCAUGAAAUGGACAUAUAUUUUAUCCAUUUCAUAAAAUGGAAACUCUUAUUUUACACUUUGUGUAAUAUUUUAAAUUAAUUACAUCUAUAGGUAACUUUUCGUGAAAUCGAAAUAAUAACAUUGAUACUGGUACGUAUCGCACCGUACUAUAUUUAUUAUUAAUAAAUUGUAAAGAUGAGAUAUCGACCGUUCAACAGAUAAAUUUUAGUCGAUAAAAUAUAUAUUUAAUCAAAAUUCAAUUGAAUCAAUUGUAUAAGUGUGAUACGACCAAGGCAUUCUGGAAAAUCUGUAUAUUAUAUUAUUUUUAUAUGAUGCCAGUACGUCCUCUGACUUGAAGCGAGCCGUAUAUUAGCGUUAAAAUGGAAUUUGAUUCAUUUUCUGAAUUUUAUGAACAGUUAAAUGCGUACUACGUAGACAAGCCUGGGAAAAAGCCACCUACCAAAAUUGACGUUCAAUUAAUGAUUGAAGACAUUUUAGCAGCAAAAGUAAAAAUGUAAGUAAUCGUUAAAAUAUACAAAAUAUUAGUAAAUAAAAAUUAUAUNGGGGGACAAGGUUUUUUAAGUUGUAUCUGUAAACACCAAUGUGAAACAAAACGGUGUGCUUAUUUUAAAACUUCUGUUAAGUGUAACAGUCGUUGCCAUAGCAGUAAUAAUAUUUGUAAAAAUAAGUAGUAAGAAGUAUUUUUGGUUUUUUCAUGUUACCUAUUGAUGUAAUUAAUUAAAAUUUAUCUGUUGAACGGUCGAUAUCUCAUCUUUACAAUUUAUUAAUAAUAAAUAUAGUACGGUGCGAUACAUACCAGUAUUAAUGUUAUUAUUUCGAUUUCACGAAAAGUUACCUAUUGAUGUAAUUAAUUUAAAAUAUUACACAAAGUGUAAAAUAAGAGUUUCCAUUUCAUGAAAUGGAUGAAAUAUAUGUCCGUUUCAUGAACUAAAAUUUGACUUACACGUUAUUAUCGUAGUUCAUGAAAUGAACAUCCAUUUUAUGAAAAAUACGAUUACACUAAGUGGUUAUGACAUAUAUAUUAUAUAUUUUUAGAUUCUGUGUGAAGUGAGGAAUACAUUGGCUAUAACAUAGUGUUUAUUUUUUUCUGUGAACAACUUUUUUACCAGAAAUUUCUAAUCUGAUUUUCAAAUAAAACAUAUUUUCUGAAAGGAAAUUUUAUUUGAGUCGUAUUUUAAGGAGAUCAUUUUUUUGGUUUUCCAAGUGAUUCUCAUAAUAAUUAGGAAAAAAUAAAAAUAUUUACGAAAAAUAUCAUUUUUAAUUUUGUUUUUUGUUAUGAUCCAGUAAAUAAUAUCCAUAGACUUAAAUUUUGAACCAAAAAAUUACAUUAAUCUAUUCUAUAUGUGGUAAAAUUUUCAAAACAUUUUAGCUAUUUUUGAACUAUUUAUAAACAUUUUAAUUUUGCAAUUUUUACACAAAUUAAAUCAUUAGACCAAACAGAAAUGCUUGAAAAUUUAACAGAAGAUUAAUUACAAGUCUUACUUUGUGGUAAAAAAGUACAAAAUAAUAUAAUAUACAUAUUAUAUUAAUGUACAUUGAUUUCUCUCUAAUUUUUAAGAGAAUAUAGGAGAUGAGUUGUAGUUUUUUUUUAGAGAACAUUAACAUCAUAUUUUAGGUGUGUUAAGAGAAUAUAAAUCAAAACUAUUGUCAUAACUUCAUAUAAUACUAUUUUGUUGUAGAGAAGAAAAUGAUGCACAUAAACGAUUAAAGAAAAAUGAACCUAAAUAUGAAGUUAAAGAUUCGUUAGUGUUAAAAUUACGAGAUCGGAGUAUUGAUUUAGCAUCAUUUACUGAUAACACAGCUAUGUACCCUAUAUGUCGAGCUUGGAUUAAAAAUGACCCAUUAUCUGCAAGGUAUGAAUACAAUUUUUUUUAAGAAAUUUAGUUUUUAUUUAUACAAUUGUUUAAUAUUUUAGGCUAAUGAAAGGUAAAAAGAAUGAAAAUUUGGAACGUUUAUUUAAAAGUGAAAAUGACUCAUCUACAGUUGAAGAUUAUGUAUAUAAAUUACCACCACCUAAAAGUAAAUCUGAUAUAGGAAACAGUUUUAAUAGUAAAAUACCUAAAAAUUUACCAAAAGAUAUAACGACCUCAUUGGACACUAGAACUGUAAGUAUACAUAUUUUUAAUUAAAUAUUUUUUCAUUAUUAUAUUUACUCAUCCUUAAUUAGUAUUUGUAUACUUCAAUCAAUUUUAUUAAAAUUGUAUACAAUGAUAUUUUUAGAUUCGUGGUGAAAGUUAAAAUCUGGACUUACAGUUGAUUAAAAGAUUGUUUUCAUUAUGUAGAUGCAAUAUAUAAUAAUAUAUGAUGAUAGUUGUUCAAUGUUCUGUAUUUCAAAAGUCUCUUUUAAAACUAUAAUUAUUAUCUUAUAAAGUUAAUUUUUUUAAAACUAUUUAAAAAAUUGUAUUUGUCUAUUAAUUAUUUAUUAUUGAAUUAGAGUAACUAUAUAAUUAAAAUAAUAAAAAAAAAUCUUCAACAAAACUAAUUGUGUACAAAUUAUAUAUAAGAUUUAUUUUCAUCAUUUUGAAACAAAAGUUUUAAUAAAACAUUUUUUACUUUAAGUUUAGUGAUGACAAUCCUCCAAUUAGUGAACUCCUUAAGGAACACAGGCAAAGGUGGGUUUGUGUACGGCAACAGUGGAUCAAAUUUAGUAAUGAAAAUGAAGCUCGUUAUUCAAUGUCAAAAAGUAUUUUGAAUUCAAUGUUAAACAAGUAAUUUGUUUUGAUUAUAUUUCUAUAAAUAAAAAAAUUUUGACAAAUUAUAUAUUAAUUAAUUAAUAAUGGUUAUAACCAGAGCCGGCCUUAAGGUGAAGGUGAGAUCUUGACUUAUUAGUGCUUAUAGAUAUAAAUGAAAUAACUUUAUGUAUCCUACCUUCCCAACUUCUCACCUACAACAGUGGCCACUCCUAUCCCCAGUAUCAGCUAUUUUUUUAUAAACUUCAACUACAGGUGUAAAAUUAUAUAUAUACGACAUUCAAUAUCAAAAAUCUAAAACAAUAAUGUUAAUACUGCACACUGUAUAAUGAAAUAAUAUAUUUUAUAUUUUUACAUAUUUUAGCUGUUUAAAUGAAUAUAAAUCUAUGCUUCAGUUAUGAACUAUGUAUGUAAGAUGAAAUUUUAAUGUAACCAUUUAAUAUAUUUUGUGAUGAUACUAAUAAGUAAAAUUAUAAUGAAUUUAUUAAAAUAUUACGAUUCAUUUUUAGUAAUAAUAUUGUAUAAUAUCAAUGGGAAAUAAUACUUAAGGGGAUUGGAAGCAACGAGUCUUUGUCUUACACACAUGGAAUGUAAGGAUUUAGACAUAUUUUAAUUCCAACUUAUUGAUUGAUUUAGUGAAGCGAUAAAUUAUCAAGAAACAAAUUUGAAUUUGUCGUGAGUCUACUUGAGAUUAACUUUUUCAAUUUAUCUCCUUAAAAUUAAAAUGAAGCCAUACUAAUUAAAGAGUAAUAAAAAAAAUAUGGAAUAUUUUAACUUUUAGAUAAAUUAAAAUCAAAAAGUGUGAAUAAAUCGAUCUCAAGUAGACUUCAUGAUCCACUUAAUGCAAAUAAGAUGGUGCUGUUUGCUUUAGUUUCAAGAACAAAAUUUAAAUAAUUUUGAUAGGUACUGGAUUACAAAAUAUUAAAAGGAUUAAAAUAACCAUGUCAAAUAAAUAUAAAUAUAAUGUUUUGUAGUAAAGUAUAAUUACAGAUAUUAUAUUGAGGCAUGAUUAUGUGAUAAGAAGUUGUUUACUACUAUUUUACUACAAAGUUGGGAAAAUCCGAAAAUCUGAAUUAAGUAUUAAUAAAUUACUUUUCAUGACAACUUGAAGUUCACAAAAGGGAGGCGAUUCUCCCCCCCAUAAACCAUGUAGUGUUCUUUUUUGCUACACAAAAUAUCUAUAAUUCUUUAGUAAAAAUGCAACUAGGUCCAAAUACCAUCAAGAUGAUUAAACAUAUUUUAGACUUGAGCAAUACUUGGUUAAUAGUAUUAUUAACCAAGUUCCUCUCAGAAUCGUUUUUUUGUUGACAAUGAUUAAAUUUGAUUAGAUAUAGAUAUGCAUUCAAUUUCCCUCAAUAUAUCCUACCUUAGUACAACCCCCCCCCCAACCCAUGGUCAAGGUCUGGAGACGUCCCUAGUUCACAAUCUGUGAAAUAUUAAAUUAUAAUACAAUGUUUAAUAUCAUUAACCCUUAAAAUGUCAUACAAAUACACAAGACCCUGAGAAGAGACCAAAUUGACAUCUGCAUAAGACCAGCUCUGGUCAUAAGUACACAUUUAUUUUAAAUGUAUAUUUAUUUGUAUUAUUUAAUAUAAAUAAAUUAUGCCUUAAUUAAUGCCAUUAAAAUUUUUUAUGUUUUAUAAUUUUGUUGUCUAAUUAUCUUUGAAAUUACAAAGUAAUUGAAUGCAAAAUAUAUUAUUUUAUUUUAUGUAUUUAUGUUAUAGGGAUAACAGUGUUUAG